CCUUCGCCAGUCGCUGCUCCCCUUGUUCGUUGUUGGCUCGCUGCGAGUCCUCCUCUCCCCAACCCUGCAGCGAGCAGCUGCUGCUGCAGCAGUCAAGCGAAGAAACUAACGUUCACAACCGGAAGAAGGCAGGCAGCAGCCCGAAAAGAAACCCUGUGCUGUGGGCGACCGAGGGAGGGAGCAGUGGGCACACGGAGGCAGGCAGGCAGGCAGGCAGGCAGGCAGGCAGGAAGGAAAGCCGAGAAGGAACGGGAGACCAGGGCGGAGGGCAGGGGACGAGAGGGGAGGCGAGGGAGAAGAAACAGACGGCAACUUAAUCACAGGAGCUUUCGGUUUUUGCACGGGUGGGCCGAAUUUCGUCGAGGAAUUUCGGUGAGAGGAGGAAUUGGAGUAUGCAAUGUCCUCGAUGGAUAUGGAGGAUAUGCGGGACAGAGGAUGAAAUGACGAGCGGUGUUGUGGUGGGGGUUGGUUUGCUUCUUGCACGGAGGUAAGGAGGAGGUUGGGGGUGAUUGGUUGCUCUUUCGUUGUUUUUGGGUGGGGUGGUGUCGCCGGGUGAUGAGCGGACCAUGGGGCUUGUGCCCAAUUGAGGUGUUGGGUUGUUGAGGAAUUGGAAGCAGAUGGGUAGAUGUUGGCGGACGAGGUAGAACGGUCUAGGAAGAGGGGAAUUUCUCAGGCAGUGGUGAGACAGAUGAUGGACCACGAGGGGGCCAUGGAGCACGAGGCGCUCCCUGGCCUGGGUACAGGAGGGGAUGCCGGAGCGCACGAGGAGAGGAAUACUCGUGCAUCUCGUUGGAGUAUGAAUGAAACCCUAGUGCUUAUUGCCGCUAAGAAGAAGGAAAUGGAGGAAGACAGGGAUGCGAGGUUACGGGGGAGAAUUACGCAUGAUUCCAAUAAGUGGUCGUUAAUUGCCCUCUUUUGUAACGAGCAUGGGGUUCACAGGGACUCGUCUCAAUGCAAGAAACGGUGGCAUUCUCUGUAUACCGAAUACAAGAAAAUUAAGGAUUACGAGAGGGAGGGUGGCUCUGUCUCGUACUGGCUCAUGAGUGCCGACAAGAGGAGGGAGAGCACCCUGGCGCCCAUGUUCGAGAGAGAAGUUUUUGAUCGAAUGGAUAGUUUUCUUUCUGGGACUACCAAGGUGGUACCUGAACCUACUUUCGACAGUGGCGCCCCUGUACUUAUCGGGGUGGCAGAUCUCGACAAUCAAGAACAUAGCCAGGGGUCGUCCAUGGAGAUGGGUGGCGCGAGAAGCGGAGCAGUUGGCGGUGAAAAGAACCACCGAGCUUCCCGAUGGACAGUACAUGAAACUUUGAUACUUAUUGCGGCGAAGAAGAAGGAAACCUCUGAUGAGAAUGAUGCUCCCAAGAGGGGACGCACUGUACAGGACAGCAAGAAAUGGGCAGCUAUUGCUCGUUUCUGCAAUGAUCAAGGAGUUAAGAGGGAUAGCAUGCAGUGCAAGAAAAGGUGGCACAAUCUGUACACUGAGUACAAAAAGAUUAGAGACCAUGAAAGAGUCAGUGGGGUGGAAUCAUAUUGGGUUAUGAGCGUAGAGAAAAGGCGGAAAAGCAAGUUGGCAAGGAUGUUUGAACGGGAAGUGUAUGACUACAUGGAUGAUUUCCUUAGCCGAACUCCUAAAGUGAUGCCUGGUUCCACUUUUGAGAACGGGAGACCUUCUAGUGUACGAGAUCCUGUUCCACCACGUGAGCCACUGCCAGAGGUCGGGGAGAACAACAGUGCCCAGCAGGGUUCUCUUAUGGAAUUGGGGGGCCUUGGAAGUACAGCAUUUGGCACAGGUCAUGCCAGGAAACGCCAGCGACGUCGACUUUUGAGUAGAGAUGAUGCACCCGAUCAAAAGUUGGUAUCUGUUCUUGAAAGCAAUGGAAAGGCGAUGCAGGCUGAACUAGCUGCAGACAGAGAGCUACGGAAGGAGCAAGGAGCCAACUUAAUAGCUGUAUUUGAUAAACUUGCAGAUGGGUUGGGUCAAAUAGCCUCUGCCAUUCACAACUUACAAAAGUAGAUAAUUUGUCAUCAGAUUGUUUUGAAAACAAUUUUAGCUCGGUCCAGGUAAUGCAGUACACCCUUUAAUACUCUUGGGUGGCUGAGCACACAAAUUGAGGGUUUUUUGUCCAAAAGAUUCCCAAAUGAUUGUUUAGCAAUCUCUCAUGUAACCUAGGGAAAAAACCCCGCUGUGACCAACUAGAGUAGGGAUCAAUGUAAUUUUUCCAGGAUCAACCGUUAGGAAGAGCUGGGGUUGUAAAGUAGUAGGGAAGCAGCUGAAUAUGUAUAUGAAGGGGCACACGGGGAAGAAAGUAGUGUAGGCUAAUGUGCAGACACAUCACAAAAGUGAAAGAAGGUAGGAAAGGUGUUUUUUCUUCUUUUGUUCUUCAUUUUGUCCAAAAAGAUUCCACAUUUUUCCUGUGACAUAGUUAAGUGCCUACCAAGGGGGCAAUUUAUCAAAGAGAGAAAGUUGU